GGCACGAUGCUGCCACUUGCCCCAGUGCUCAAUACCUGCAGGACAAAGGGGGGCAUCUGACUGCCAGGAGGCGCUUGUGGACGCGUGGCGCCCGUAAGGAUGAACCACUGUCAUUACGACAAACUCAUGGACUUUUUCUACAAUCAGAGUAACUCUCAGACAGAGGACGACUGGUCGGGGACCAAACUCAUCGUCGUUUUGUCUUUUGGAGCCUGUUGUUGUCUCUUCAUUUUUGUCUCCAACUUGCUGGUCAUCGCAGCCGUCAUUAAAAAUAAGCGCUUCCAUUUUCCGUUCUAUUACCUUCUCGCUAACCUGGCGGCCGCCGACUUCUUUGCCGGGAUUGCCUAUGUCUUCCUUAUGUUCCAUACGGGGCCGGUGUCCAAGACUCUAACUGUCCACAGAUGGCUGCUGCGCCAAGGUCUUCUAGACACGAGCAUGACCGCCUCUCUGUUAAAUCUGCUGGUAAUCGCUGUGGAGAGACACAUGUCCAUCGUAAGAAUGAAGAUUCACAGCAACCUGACCAAGCGGAGGGUCACCUGCCUGAUUCUGCUCAUCUGGGCAGUGGCCAUUUUUAUGGGGGCUCUUCCUGCUUUUGGCUGGAAUUGUAUCUGCAGCCUAAGGACCUGUUCCUCCUUGGCCCCCGUCUACAGCCGGAGUUAUUUAACCUUCUGGACGGUGUCCAACCUUGUGCUCUUCUCUAUUAUGUUGAUCGUUUACCUGAGAAUCUACAUGUAUGUCCAGAGGAAAACCUUGGUUCUGUCUCCACACACCACUGGCUCCAUAAGCCGGAGAAGGACGCCCAUCAAACUAAUGAAGACAGUCAUGACGGUGCUAGGUGCGUUCGUCAUUUGCUGGACGCCAGGAAUGGUAGUUUUGCUUCUCGACGGCCUAAACUGCACUAAAUGUGGUGUUCAGCAAGUAAAAAGAUGGUUCCUUCUUCUUGCCCUUAUGAACUCUGUCAUAAACCCCAUCAUUUACUCCUAUAAAGAUGAGGAAAUGUGGAGGACAUUCAAGAGGAUGAUCUGCUGCUUCCUUUAUAACAGAGGAAUGCGACGUUCCUCCCGCGUGCCUUCAACAGUCCACAGCACAAAAAGCAAUGACACCACCUGUCAGUAUCUGGAGGAGCUCGGUAGCCAGUUACCGGUGACCAAUGGCGUGUGAACACAGUGACCAAUGGCGUGUGGACCC